CUCAGAGACUGAUGCUGUAAACAAACAUUGAGGUUUCGACACUCGGUCGAUAUUAAUGAAAUCUAAAGAAUGGAAAUAAGGGUUCGGAUUAUUACACACAACCAUGUUUUAUUUUGUGUAUUUGUGGUGUUUAUUAUCGCUGGGUUGUUUCCGGCCGCAGCGAUUGACGUUUACACUCCAGCCGAGAUCUUUGUUGAGAACGGGACGUCAGCGACUCUGGCGUGUAGUUUUAAAUCUAAAGAGGUGGUCAGCAGCUCUGCUUCAGUAACGUGGUCAUUCCUUCUGGAGGGCAACACAGGAACCUCCACCUCAAUCUUCUAUUUCACAGGUGGGAAGCCUUUCACAGGCUCUGUCCCUCAGUUUGAAUCUCGUGUGGAGUGGGUCGGCGACAUGAACAAGAAGGACGCGUCCAUCCGCGUCAUGCAUAUGCAGUUUAAAGACAACGGGACGUUCAGCUGCGACGUGAAGAAUCCACCAGACAUCACCGGCCAACCGUCUGUCAUUAAAGUCAGAGUCGUCAUGAAAGAGUCCCUCCCUCACACCAGUACAGCGGUCAUCGUGGGUGGCGUGAUCGGCGCUGUGAUCGGGAUAAUCAUCAUCUCUGUCGUCACGUAUCUGAUUAUCAGACGGCACGAGCCCAGCCACGAUUACGAAGGCUGCACCUCUGUAGAGAGUGGCAGCUCACUGAACUCUCGGGUGGGGAAGAAGGAGUCCAGCACAGACAACUCACACUGCUCUAGUCCAUCUGCCGCACCUGUACAGGGGCCGGUGAUAUACGCUCAACUGGAUCAUUCCGGCAGCAAGAACUCCAGCUCUUUCCACAAGAUGGAGCCGGUGGUGUACGCUGACAUCCGUAAGAACUAGAGCCACAGGGGGCGGGGUUAUGUUAAUGAGCUUUGCAUGUGCA